AUGAUGGUGACGGUGCGCCGCGUUGUGUGGGUGUUGGCUGCUGCUCUGUGCUGCACGGCCUUGUGCGUGACGGCUGCUGAGGAAGGGAUGGGAGGGAGUGUUUCUGAAGAGGCAGACCUGGAGAAGCAACAGGACACGUCAGAGACGACGAGAAUAUGGGAGUGCACCGCCGAAGAUGCUCAGACUGCAGUGAAGGAGGCGGAGGAAGCAGUGAGGAAGGCGAAGGAGGCGGUGAAGGAAGCCAAGGCGAAUGCUAAAGCUGGCCAUGACGCGGUGUAUAACUUGCUUGCUGUUUCUCAAAGGCUUCGGGAUGUUGGUCUUGCCGUGAAUCAGAUUCAAUUGCCUUACAACGGCCCGUGGCCCCCCAAGGAGAAGGAGGAGGUAAAUAAAUUAAACGAAAAUAUCACAAAGAUGUUGGGGAAUGCCGUGGAAAUAAAGUCGAAGGCCGACACUCACAUGCAGGCUGCCAGGAUAUCAGAGACCGAGGCAGAUGAGGCGGUGCAGCACAUUGGACUGGUGGAAGCGAAUUGCAGAGUUCCGGAUCGGUCCGUGAAAGAUGCAGUGAGUGCCGCAAAGGCAACCGCAGCGGCUGUAAAGAAAGCACUAUUCUAUUGCUCCUAUGAGGCGCAGAAGGAAUAUAAUGCUUCGGUGAGGCUUCAUGAUACAGCUGGCCGCCUCGUGGUAGCAGGGAAGGAACUUUUCGAUGUGGUGGAUAAAAUGACGAAAAACGACGCACUAUGGAGGAGUAAAUUAUUAAGUGAUCUGAAGGUGAAAAGCUGGAAUAUCGAUUCUGGAGUCAUUUGGGCCUUGGACAAGUUCACUUCUGUGAUGAGCAAUGCCGAUGAAGCAGUAAAGGGUGCUGAGGACGCGCUGAUUCCUAUUGUGGUUACGCAGGAGACCGCCGCAAGUGAGGAGAGCGUGUUGGCUGGACCGACACCCGAAGCUGCGCUGGGGAAGGCCGACGUGCGGCAGCCCGGCGAAACUGAGGGCGCAAAGGGGCGGCUGGUGGAGGGGGAGUUGGAGAAGCUGGCGGGGGCUGGAGGACUCCACCGUCCGCAGCAACCGGAAGUGAGGCCAGCAAAUCAGGAGGGCGGUCCUUACGAACAAUCCUCCACCGCCGGUGGGACUCCCGCCACUGAUGCUGAAGUUACGUCUGCGGCACAUUCCUCCGCAACGGAAACGGCCACCGCACGUGAGCCCGUGCUCAACGGCGGCAACAUGGCGGAGAAUGAGAGACUCCUUUCCAACUUCCCUGAUGGCAGCAGCGACAUCCCCGCGAGGGUGCGUGCCCCACUGAUGCUGCUGCUGCUGGCCUGUGUGGCCGUGUGGUGA